UGUCUCAUACACACGCAGAGGUAAUUGUCACUGGCAAACAUGGCAGCCACCCUACCCAGGAUCUUGUCCUUCGGUAAAAAUACGAGGACUUUGCUCAAUGUCUUGAAAGUAUCUGUAGUUUCAUCCCAGCAUUACAGUGUUCCGGUUUCUAAUCAUGGAGAAAAGGUUACUCAUACCGGACAGGUCUAUGACGAAAAUGAUGUGAGAAGAGCUAGAUUCACCGGUAGAAUAAAAGAGGUGAAUGAGAACUUUGCAAUCAGCUUGGUUGCAGAAGAACCAGUGAGACAUGUAGAGUCAAGAGUUGUGUCUUGUGAUGGAGGUGGAGGGGCUCUCGGCCAUCCCAAGGUUUACAUCAACCUCGACAAAGACACCAAAGUUGGCACGUGUGGAUACUGUGGGUUGCAGUUUAAGCAGGAACAUCAUCACUGAAACAUAGUUUUUUGUUUGUGUGGGCUAUAUAUUAUUCCCCUUUGAAAAUACCUAAAUCCUUUUGCUGUACAAUAAAAUACUAUUACAAAAUAAGUAU